ACGAAGUAUUUGGAUUUUGCAGUGGCACGAUCGUAAAUAGUUCAGAAGCGCACAAUCGACCUCUUCUCUCCGCUCCCCGGGAAACCGAUCAUUUCUCCCAUCGGAUUCUUUCCUCUCGUUUGCUCCUCUCCCUGCGUUCGCCGCCGGGAAGCCCACUCGAACUCGACUGUAGCAGCAACUUCGCGAUCAUCGUGAUCAGAAUUUCGCCGGAACUCACCCCUUCGCUCCCGAAAUGGAUGCUAGUGCCGGUGGAGGGAGUCCGCAGGACAUGGUUGUCCCACCAGUUGAAGGCGUUGCUGGUGGAGGGACCGCAUAUGGAUGGAUGGAGGGUGGUGUGGAAGCUUCAACUUCACUCAGAGGAUUAAUAGACCCUUUAGUGGUUCCAACAUCAGAUUUAGUUCAUACCUGGUGCAUGCCAAGCACUGCAAACGUUGGACCUCAAGACAUGCCCAGACGUUUGGAGCCAAUGAACCUGCUGGCAGCUAGAAAUGAGAGGGAAAGUUUCCAAGUCGCUCUACGUCCCAAAGUGUCAUGGAGUAGUUUGGGCAAUGCGGGCGUUGUCCAGGUUCAGUGCACAGACUUAUCAUCAGCUUCUGGUGCUCGGUUGGUUGUCGGACAAUCGAUUACAAUGCGGAAAGUGGUUACUGUGUUAGGUGUUCCAGAUGCUCUUGUGCCGCUAGAUCAUCCUACCAGCCAGAUAAGCUUAGUUCCUGGGGAAACAUCAGCGGUUUGGAUUUCCAUAAAUGUUCCCGCUGAACAGCCAACUGGUCAGUAUGAAGGGGAGGUCAUUGUCACAGCCACGAAAAAUGAGGCGACGUCUCCGUCACAAAGCAUGAGUAGAGCUGAAAAGCAUCAACUGUAUACGGAACUUAGAGACUGUCUUGACACUGUGGAGCCCAUUGAUGGAAAACCACUGGAGGAAGUGGUAGAAAGAGUGAAAUCUGCGACCACUUCUCUAAGAAGAGUUCUUCUAUCUCCAUCAUUUUCUGAGUUCUUUUCAGAUAAUGGAUCAGUUGACAUUAUGGAUGAAGAUGCUGUUUCAAACCUCUCCAUCCGUGUGAAGCUUAACUUGACUGUCUGGGAUUUUGUAAUUCCAGCGACCCCUUCCCUUCCAGCAGUAUUUGGUAUAUCUGAUACUGUCAUUGAGGACCGUUUUGGUGUCGAGCAUGGAAGUAAAGAAUGGUUUGAGGCACUGGAUCGUCACUUUGAGUGGCUUCUUCAAUUCAGGAUCAGCCCAUAUUUCUGCCGAUGGGGAGAAAGCAUGCGUGUCUUGGCAUAUACCUGUCCCUGGCCAGCUGAUCAUCCUAAAUCAGAUGAGUAUUUAUCUGAUCCAAGAUUAGCAGCUUAUGCUGUGCCAUAUAGUCAAGCGGUCUCCAGUAAUCAUGUUGCCAAGGAUUACUUGCAGAAAGAAGUAGAGGUCUUGAGGACAAAAUCUCACUGGAAAAAGGCCUACUUUUAUUUGUGGGAUGAGCCACUGAACAUGGAACAAUACAAUUCAGUCCGGAAUUUGGCCAGUGAGGUUCAUACUUAUGCUCCUGAUGCUCGUAUCUUGACGACUUAUUAUUGUGGACCAAAUGAUGCACCGCUUGCACCUACCCCUUUCGAGGCUUUUGUGAAAGUUCCAAAGUUCCUCCGUCCUCACACUCAAAUUUACUGCACGAGUGAGUGGGUUCUUGGCAAUCGAGAGGAUCUUGUCAAGGAUAUUAUCUCCGAGUUGCAGCCAGAGAACGGUGAGGAAUGGUGGACGUACGUCUGCAUGGGGCCUUCUGACCCUCAUCCGAACUGGCACCUCGGAAUGCGAGGCACCCAGCACCGCGCUGUGAUGUGGCGCGUAUGGAAAGAAGGGGGGACAGGGUUCCUCUACUGGGGCGCCAACUGCUACGAAAAGGCUUCCACUCCUAGUGCCGAGAUACGAUUCAGGCGUGGCUUGCCACCGGGCGACGGAGUCCUCUACUACCCGGGAGAGGUGUUCUCCUCUUCCAACGAGCCCGUCGCUUCACUUCGACUCGAACGAAUUCUCAGCGGCCUGCAGGACAUCGAGUACCUUAAACUGUACGCUUCGCGAUUCGGACGAGACGAAGGGCUUGCCCUUCUGGAGAAGACAGGAAUGUAUCUCGGCCCGGAGAGGUACACCGCAGAGCAUAUGCCUAUCGACAUGAUGCGCGGCGAGAUCUACAACACGUGUCGCCCGUGAACGAAAUACGUCGUACGUUCGUACAUAUACUACAUGCAUGCAUACAUACAUACGUAUGUCACACAUCUUUUUUCUCUGUGUUGUUUUUCUUCCCCCCUCAAAGGUUCUCUUCCCAUUUCUGCAUAUACAGAAAGAAAAGUCGUUGUAGUAUGAAUCCGAAUUAGCUGUUGUUCGGCCGAGCAUUGCAGUCGCUGUUUUUGCACUAGCAUUGUCGUUUUAUAGCUUGCGUUUCGCUUUCCUUCUUGUCAGCUUUUUUCAGCAUGUUGAAAUGGUGGAAUCUAUCGUUCUUUGGACAGAAAAAACUAAAAUAGUCAAAUACCUAUGGCUGAC